AUGGUAAAUGUUGAUGAAAAAAAUUAUGAGUCAGUACGCAGCUUCUCAGACGAAUUCCUCCAUUUGGAAGAAGAUUUUCUGAAGAACGAUGCAAUUUCUUUGUUCUGCACACAAUUUGAAGCAAUAAUUGUUAAAAGUCACUGUUCCAAGCAAGAAGCUUGGUAUUAUCUAAAAAAAUUACAAGAGCUUUCCGCUUGAAUGCUUAAUUCUGAUUUUCUUUCAUCUAGUUUCAAUCUAUCCAAUAUAUCACCUGUGAAUCUCGACUAUACAUUAGACGUCACUGAAGACAUCAGUCAUCCUUCAUUUAAUGAACAUCCUCUCAGAACUAGCAGCCGAGCAUCAGGACUUCCACAGGUACGCUGCUGUAGAUUAAAUAUACUACUUUCUCGUAACACCAUUUUGUGAGUGGUAAAUAAAUGUUGAUAAUUCAUGAAGAAAAUUCAAAAGAAAUUAAUGUUUGAUCAAUAUUUCUUUUGUCCUUUUUUACAAAAACUUUAGCCUUUGAUUUUCCCGGUUAAAAUGAACCAUAUCGCCAAAAUAGGCGUGGCUCUUUCGUCCUACACCCGUAAAAAUCACACAUCUGCCAACAAGCCGUCAACAAGUUGUGUUCGCACUGCUCGUUCCAUCUUGUAACAACCUUGUUGAUAUUAUCACACUUGUUGCAAGGUUGUUCCAACAAGUCCAAUACAGUCAUCAUAUAACAAUAUUGUCACAAUCUUGUGUCGUGUUGAAGUUUAUUACGUACACUUCUGUAAAAAUAUGAGCACGGAAAUAGUUUGGCCAACUUAGGCCAAUAUAUAUGAUUGUGUAUUAAAUUAUUGUAGGAUGCAACGUUCCCAAGUUCUCGGCCAGCUACAGCUAUGGGAGUGGUAUUUGAAACUGGAAGUAUGAGUAGCUGUCUUCUGUCAGAUGGUUUACCAUUUACUGUGGAACCCAGUCAAGGUCGUAUCCCUGCUGGUGAAUCUGUUUUUAUCAAUGUCAGGUUUGCACCCAGUGACAUAACCGAAUACCAAGGACUUCUGAAAUUUACGUAAGUAUUGAAAUAUAAAUAUUGUUAUCGUAAUUCUUAUUAACCCUACCCCCGGGUGGUUUAUUUGCUGCUACGUAUGAGGGAGGGGGGAGGGGGUUAAUUGAAAUGGAAGCUUUAAACAAUUAGAGGUUUAUUGAUUUUCCUGCAACGCACUAGUGGUACGUUCGCACGCUGCGAUUUCUCGGGCCGAUAUUAGGUUUUGUUGUAUGUUAAUGACGAAUAUUUUUAUUUGGUGUUGUCUCUGACAACGUAUGCCACGUGUUUUUCAAAUAUCAUUAUUAAAGUGCAUCUGAAUUCAUGUCUUUCAUCAUAAAACUUGCAUGAGACGAACCCCCUUUUCUUGGCAUUGAACGAGUUAACCCAACCAGUAAUAUAACUCCUAUUUUGUCAACCACUUCUGCAAUUGACUGUUAUUUCACAAGCACGCUUACAGGAAAAAAACCCAAAAAAAACACAAAAAAACGUUUAAGUGCUGUUCGCGUGAGGACAUGGCGAAAAUUCUUGGAAAGUAAGAUGGACUGUGUAGUAGCUUUCGAAAAUAUUCAAUGUGCUGCGUGAUUUGAACAUAUUCUUCCGUGUGUCUAAUAUGUGAUUCGGUAAAAGAAAUGUUGGAAAGAAUUACUGUAGAAUGUUGUUUUAGCAACGUGACCUCUGAUGUUUAAUUGAGUGCAAAGCUCAUUAAUUAUUCACUAAACAUCUAAUUAUCUUUCAGCAUUCCCAACCUGCAUCCUGAUUCCUCACCUCCAGAGAUCAAGUUAAAAGGUCGAAGUCUGCUUCCAUAUUGUCAUUUCGAGCUAGACGAGUCUGACUACAUCACCGGGGGGCGUCGGAAUCCUGAAUUGCCAGGUCCGGGGGGUGCUCCCCCUGGAACUAUGCUUAAUCCCAAUACUAAAGUCAUCGAGUUCCAGUCAUGUGGUGUUAAAGUCAAGGUUGUAAGGUAGGACUAACCAUUGUUGGUCGAUACUCGAGACAUAGUUUGGAAACGUGGCGAACUUCAAUGUCUCUCUAAUGAGCUACGAUUUUAUGUUGAGACGGCUUCACUGUCAGAGUUUCCAACAGAAGCCGGUUGUAAAAAAAUCCAAUGCCGAACAUUUCAAAGAAUCUUAGACAGUUUUGAAGAGUAAACUAAGUCAAAUAAAAUUCCCUUUCGAUUUCUGUCAUUUUGCUCAUAUAUCAGUGACGUAGCUUAUGAUGACAUUUUAGUUGAAAAUGACUUUUAUUAUUUAACAAUUAUUCGCCGAAGGCGAAGUGAUUACCGGUGAAUAUUCACCGAGACGAAGUCGAGGUGAAUAUUCACCGUAAUCACUGAGCCUGAGGCGAAUAAUUGUUUUAGUAUAAAUUUUUAAUGAAUAAAACAAAAUAUCCAAGUUAUCCAACUAUAAGUUUAAUUAAAAUUCAGAAAUAAAACUGUUUUCGACCGGUUUACGGUUUUAAUAGUGUUGCAGUGUUUCUUGUACACGCACGCUUUCAAAAUGGCUUCCUGUGCGACUUUAUUGCUUUAUUACAAAGUUAUUUUUCUCGAUUUCUGCUUAGAAUAUAAACACAAUGAUGGAAUGACUUUUUUACCAGACUUAGAAUUAAAAAAUAGUUUCUGUUUAGCAUUAAUUUGUUCAGGAAAUGGCUGAGAAAUUUGGUAAAAUGAAAUGUAAAACUAUAUCGUUCAAAUUAAUAUAAAAGUUUUAAUACACUUUUCACUUUACAAGUUUUAAAAACACAAAUAGUACAAUACAGCGAAAGGACACCAUACAGCACAAUGAAAACACGACAUAGUCAAAAGAAAUAGUAUCGUACAAAUUGAGAUAUUUAUAGGAUACAAAACAAAAUUGUUUUAAAAAGAAUAUCACGGCUUUUAAAAAGUCGGGAUAUUUUUUGCUAUUUCAGAUUUACGUUUGAAGCGAAUGUUUCGGAGUUUUAAAUAAGUUUUAAAUUGUCCGUGAAUAUGUUUGACACAGUAAUAUAAUACUAAAUCCUACCUUUCAAGUUAAAUACAACAUUUUGUGCUUUUUUUCUUUUUCUGGGACGAUUUUUUCAAUAUUUUGUCGAUUUUGAAACCAAAUUUGCCGAAUCAUUCUUUUUGAAAAGCAUUAUUUACUACCCAGGUGGUAAAUAAUGCCUCAGAUUUACUAGUCAACUAGCCAAUCAGAACGCGCGAAAGCUCAUUUGAUAUGCAAAAUUUAUACUAAUGCUCAUUAUUGUGUUGAAAUAAAAAAAAGUGAUGAACUGAUUUUUUCAAUUAUCCAUCGUAUGAAAAAUAAUACAGGUUAAGGAUUGAGGUUAACACAGGGUUUGAUUGAGAAACGUUCUAGCACCCAAUUGAAAGUAGCGGCUGUCCCACCUUGAAACGUAAGCGUUGUAUACAAGACGUGAUAAUCUGUAUUUUGCCGUUUCUUUUCUGCUCAUUUUCCUGUAUUAAUAUGAUAUUAUUAGCCUUCCUCGUUGCACUUUCGUCCAGCUUGUUCAGGUUCUUAAUAACAGCAGUUCUUUAUAAAUUUAAAAGUGUAAAAUUUAAGGUUGUUUCUUGUCAGGUCCCCGUACUAAAUUAUCGAAUUGAGAGCAUCAAUUUUGAAAUUGGUUAAAUAUUACAGAUACAGAGGCCAAAUGAUUAAAUGGUUUAUGCACAUAUGAGCAAAUUUUAAAUAUUUGUUAUCGUUAACCCACAAGAUUAUAAACCCUGUAUUGUAGAAACGCAUUAUACAGUGUGAUGUCUUACUGGGUCUGUUGUUCACUGUAUUAAAUUUAUAAACUCCAUUGGUAUUUACAGGGAAUUCUACAUCAUCAAUCCAACCGACAUGGAUCUAAAUUUCAUCUGGACACGAGAAGACCCCUCAGACAGUGGUCCGGCAAAUUUCACGUGCACUCCGAAGACAGGCCUUAUUGAAAGCGGCAAAAAGAUUCACAUGAGGUUUGAAUAUAUUUCAAACAACCUUGACUUAACUGAAUCAUUCUGGAGGUUCUUCAUUCAAGAGCACAAUAUAUCAUUGCCAUUUCUACUGGUUGGACAUACCACUGAACCUGUUGUAUCGCUGGACCGCUCACACUUUAAUUUCCGUGAAAUACUUAUCGGUAAGAUGUCUUCUUUUCUAAGCCUCAGGGUAUGAGUACACAACAUUUUGUCGGGCAGAAUUAAGAUUUUUCCUAUAUUAUCAUUUCAAGACUUACUGCCAGUCAGGCUUUUAGCCAGGGUCCUGAAAGAGGGCGUCCAAUUUUGGUAUAACGAUAUAUCUACAGUAAAGGGAGAAGGGGGGGGGGGGGUUCGAUAACACAUUACUCUGUGGAAAACCUUUGAAGUUUACGUUACUUCAUGUCAGUAUCUGUUCCAAGCUUGGUCGAAAUUUUUCAAACACAGUUAUCUAUGACAUGAAAAUUCAGCCAGGUACACCAUCAAAUUGAUCAAACUGUCUAAUGUAUAAUAAUAAUAAUGAGAAUUGAAGCUAUUUCGUUUCAAAUAUAUUAAUAUACUUAGGGAAAUAAUUGAAAAUAGUUUCCCUUUUCCCCAGAAUUUGGGCGUGCAAAGGCCCAUUUUUCGUUCUAGGGGCGUCGCAGGACGCCUGGACGCCCUUCUGGCUAAAAGCCUGCUUCCAGUAUCUGUUUCUCCGAUUUUUUGUGUUGCUUCAUUUCUGAACUUCUGUUCAAAACUAACGGCCAGACAAAUUCUGAAAAGAAUAUCAAACUAAAUAACCUGCUAGUGACCAGACAAAUUCUGAAAAGAAUAUCAUACUGAAUAAUUUGCUGACCAGACAAAUUCUGAAAAGAAUAUCAUGCUGAAUAAUUUAGAUGAUGCGAAGUGACCUUUUCCGCUUAUCACGUCAGCAAAAUUUACUGGAAAACGGGCUUUCGGCCUCUACGUCAUUUUCUUCGGUCGUAUGGUGGCAGCCUAAACUCUCCCAGUGUUUGCAAAGUGUCCGCUGCUGGAUCUGGAUCUGUCCCAAUACCUACUCACAAGCAGGGAUGGAUCCAUCAUGAUCUGGUGGUGGUGGUGGUUGUGUGUGUGUGUGUGUGUGGGGGGGGGGGGUGCUCUGCCUGCUCUGGUGCCAAGUUGUAUACAUACAUACAAAACUUUAUUUAAACCACGCUAGCCUCAAGGCUGGUUUCCAUGAGGGGCGUGAAAUUACCUAUUUACAAGAAAUUAACUAUAUACAAGAAAUACAAAAUAUAAAAAAAAGUAUCAGCCGUGUGUGCCGCCUGCCCAUCAACAUACUAUAUUUGAAUACUAAUUGUUCUUCACAGUUCGCUUAUCAUCAUGUUAUUGCUCAAAUUACUGUAUCUGAUUUUGUCUCUAUUAUUUUUUUAUUUAUCAUGAAAAAUAGCACCCCCCCCCCCUGCACCCCUAACAGUCCUUUGGCAAUGCACUGGAAAACAUUUUUUAAAUCCAUAUAAGGUCAUAGAACGGAAAUUUUAUGGACCUUUAUUGGAAAUAGAAGGGAUUUUGAUCAUCCAUAAUAAUUGUAUAUUUCAUACUAUGGAUACAGUAUCGAAAUAGUAAGGAUAUGAUAUGGAUUUAGUGGUGCAAAUGUAAAUUUCAUAGUAUGGAUUUCACAUUUUUUCCAGUGAUGGGCUCUUUAAUGUCAAUUUAUAUCUCAAACUUUCAUCACUUUUGUAGGUUUUCCUGCAGAGCAAACUGUGUAUCUGGUGAAUGAAGAAGAAAAAGCAUUUAGCUUCUCGUUUAAUGAAGAUUCUUGCUAUGCUGAAGCUCAUGCUGCUCAAUUGUUUGUUGAACCCAUGUCUGGAUCCAUUCCGGCUAAAUCAAGGUAGAUUAGUCGUAUUUUUGCAGACGAAAUAUCCACAGCUGAGCAACCAAUCAAAUUGCACGAAAAGCACUAUCCGAGUAUGUAACCUCCUCGGUUAGUUUUACCAAAGCUCUAAACCAUGCACCCCUACUAAGAAAUAUACGUUUCUCUUGUCAUCACAUAUAGAGUGCCUAUAAUACUGCGCUUCACACCUACUGCCCAGAAAGAGGUCAACUUCAAUGUGGUGUGUAAAGUGAAAAAGAAGACCGUGCCUCUCACGUUGAAUGUUAAAGCAGAAGGUUUCGCCAUGAAAGUUUCUUUGAUUUGUGAAGACUCCGCUGGGAAUAAAAUAGAGCUAACAUCAUCAGGUUGUAACAGAAUACAGUUUGCUGAGGUAUGUACCGUGAAAUGCUGUUUACAAUAUAGUCAUGCACCCUAUAUGUUUACUCUUAUCUAAGGCGAGUAGCGAAAAACAAGAUGGCCGCACAAAAAUUACUAGAAAGGGGGGGGGGGGGAUUCGCGUUAGAAAGGAAUAGAUGUACUAGAAAAAAACUUGUAGAAACUGCUUUCAAUGCAAGUUUUUAAAAGGAUUAUUAUAUAUCGAAAGAGCAGCGAAAAAAGCAUGUUCAUGAGAAUAUGAAUUGCAGAAAAGGUUACAGCGAUAAACAAUCAAUACGCACUUACGUCUUUGGCCAUAGUGGUAAUUACUUUAGAACCAUUGCCUAGAAGCGUGGCAUAUAAAUGAGUAAUCAUGCUUUGAAUAGGGAUGACGGUCCAUAUUUUCCAGAGGAAUACAUGCAUCUUAUUGGCAGAUGACGUCAUCCCUUUGGUAUAUAAGAAGCCACAUUGCAACUUUAGAUUACUCCUGAUGAAGACACCAGAGUGUCGAAAUGUUGGAUCGUGAUUACAAUUCGACUGGGUUUUGUAUUUAUUUAUAUAUAAACCAGAGUAGCGAGAAAAACAUGAUUGAUAUGCGUCGUUGCCGUGAACGAACAAACUUUAAACUUCUACGACAAGGUUAUAUUGCCAAAACUCAAUUAAAUGUCUUUUUCUAGGUCGAGAUUAACGAGAGAGCACUUCGUCAGCUGUUUGUUAUUAAUUCUGGAAAAUUUAAUUUCGACUUCACGUGGGAUUUGCAGAACAAAAGCAAGUUAAGGCACAAGAAUAACAAACCGGUAGUUUCGAUCGGGCCACAAAAAGGCACUGUUUCGCGUAAUUCACGUAAAAGAUGUAUGCUAACAUUCUGCCCACCUGGAAAGUGUACUUUGCAAAACUGUACUCUUAUGUUGAAGGUGAGAAAAAUUAUGCAUGGAGUUUUUGUGGUAUGGUAUGAUAUGGUAUCGCAAUAAUCGUAUCGUAUUGUUUUGUGUGAUAUGGUAUGGUUUAGUAUGUCAUUGGUAUGGUAUAGUGCCUUCUGGCAUGGUGUGGCAUGGUAUGGUGUAGUGUGGUGGGGUAUGUUAUGACAUGGUAUUGUUUUGUGUGAUAUAUAUGGUAUGAUAUUUGUGUGGUGUGGUUUGAUAUGGUUUGACAUGUCACAUAUGGUUUGUACGGGUCGUGGAAAGUCAUGGAAUUUCAUUAUUUCGAAAUCCAGGCCUGGAAAUCAUGGAAAGUCAUAAAACAUUGAGAAUUUACAGCCUCGUACCCAGGCUCUUUCGUAAUUAAUAGCGUUCAGAGCUCUGGGUGAGCAACUAGGCCCGCAGGGAUUUUUAGGGAGGUUCCCAAGAUUCCCCGCGCGCCUAAAAGCUCACCUAAAGCUCUGAACGCUAUUAAUUACGAAAGAGCCUGGGUACGAGGCUGGAGAAUUUACAUGAGCAAAAUUUUCCUUUAUUUCCAUUGAUUAUUAGUCGUAACAAAAACAUGAAUUGCAGCAAGUGUUAUAGUUUGCGCGAAGUACCGUAGUUUCUUUAGCCGCAUGUAAAGGUUUGACCUGUGUUUCCUGUGGAUAUUUGGUCUUGGAAUGGUGUUCGGAAUAGUCAUGGGAUUUCUGUAAAUGGUCGUCGAGGGUGAUGAAAAAGUCAUUAAAUUUUAAAUCGGAUAAGGCAUACGAACCCUAUGGUCAUGAUAAGCAUGCAGGUCUUGUUGUGUGUGAUACAGUAUGGUUUAGUAUAUCAUGGUACGGCAUAGUGCCCUAUGGUAUGGUAUGAUGUAUGGUAUGGUAUGGUAUGGUAUGGUAUGGUAUGGUAUGGUAUGGUAAGCCACAAUUUUCAAGUUGCUAAAUUCGACUGCUCAUCUCUUUCACAUUUCAUUUUCUUAUGUUUAGAUAACAAAUGGACCAACCUACAAUAUUGAAAUCACUGGUAGCGGCAUUCGUCCAUCUUUGAAGUUCUCUUUCAAUCGUUUCGACUUUGGUCCAUGCUUUCUGUACCGUGCUGGUAUUGCGCCCCAGAGGAGCAUUUUGGUCAUCACCAACGAAGACAGCAAAGACAUCAAGUAAUUAUUAUACCUAACUUUAAAAGAAAAAAAGGCAUUCAAAACAUGAAGAUUCACAUUUAUGUGCUGCAGUUUAGCAAGUACCCUAUUUGGUCAUGCAAGCAUUGUGCUAAAUCGUCUGGCGUUAAAUAGAGUAAAAUAAUAAAGUAGGGUGCAUUUGGGCGUAAUGCAAAUGAAUGGAUUAACUAGACACAUGGACAAUUGUGACAUUGUGUAAUUUAGUUAAAUUGGAACAUUGUGCAUGUGAUUUAGUUAAUGUAAAGAAACGUUUUCGGAGAUUUCUAGUCGGUCCUGAUGUGGCGCUAAUGCUUUAUACUUUCUAUUCCAGCGUUCAUUGCAAAUACGAGAAUACGGCCUUCCUAGAGUUACUGUCACAGCCAUCAGUAUUAUUACCCGGAGAAAGCUCAGAAAUCGACAUCUUAUUCUAUCCCAGAGAAUGUAAACAUUAUCAUGAAGUCAUUCCGUUUGAAAUCAACGGUCUGUCCUUAAUGUCUGUUGAUAUACUUGGGCAAGGAACAGAAAUUAAGGUACGCUUUUUACGCAGUCAACUUUUCUUAUUUAUGAGGAGAUCAUCACAGUAUGUGGUCUAAACCUGCAAGACUUGGUAGAGCGAAUACAAAAGCACUUCCCUUACUAAAUUUGUUUAUGUUAUAGUUACUGAUAUUUUCUAUUAAAUAUAAUUUCUAUUGCCUUUAUUUAACGUAAUUUGGUUCAUUCAAAAGUCAAAGGCCAUGCAAAGUCAAGAUAAAGCACUGUAUUAAAAGUGCAAACAAAACUUUAUUUUGGCAUUGAUUGUAUAUUUUCUUUAAAUCACUUGUAAAGGAAAAUUAUACUUUACUCUCAAACUAAAUUUGACAUUAAUAUAUAGUCAACAAGACCUAGAAUACUAUAACAAACAAUAUUUUUUCGUUUAAAUAAGAGAAAAAUAUUAAUAAUCGCUGUUGUUUUCGUACAACUGGCAUGAUAUUUUUUGUGUCUUUCGUAUUCCCUUUAAAAAAAUAGAUUCAUAUUUGUCUUUUGUAGUGUUAUAAGUCUUUUGCAAACAUACGAGUUAAAUUGUCCAAUUCAAAUUAAAAAUCGACUUUAAACAGCAAGAAAGAGGCAGCAAACUAAAUAAAAUUCUGCCAAAAACAUUGCCGACAGUGCACGAAUUCGCUCGUACGUAAACACGGGCUAGUGCUGAUUGGACGAAACGUUUUUCGCACGUGUGAAAUAAUCGUUUCGCGUUUCUGAUUGGUUGACGUUAAUCUUGAAAGGGCUUUUCACAUUAAUAAAACCGUGCGUAAAUAUCAGUAUCGAUAUAAUAAAUCUUAAUAUUUCAGUUCAGAAUUGCUUCCAGUACGUAGCUUCUGAAAAUUCUUGGCAACUUUUUCCAUCACUACCAUGGAAUUACCCAAAAGCUGUGAAACCACCGGAUAUGGUCCUCACAAUUAAAGCCGGUUACGGACGAGCAAGUUUUCUAUGACAAGUUUUUAUGUGACAAGUUUUAUUUGCCAGGUGCACGUGUGUAUAUGCAACAAAUUUUAUAUGACAAGUUUUCAUAUGACAAGUUUUAUUUACUGGUGUGAACGUGUCCACAAGUUUACUUUGACAAUGUAUUAGUAGCCAGCAAUGUUAUACAGCGGCCAACGCGAACGCUGGUCAAUCACAUCAAAUGCUCAGAUUACUUUGACAAGUUUUCUUUGUUGACCCAUACAGACGAACAAAAUUUGUACUUUGACAAUUUUUUCUAUGACAAGUGCACUUGUUCAAAACUCAAAAGCUAGCAUCAUAGCUUUUGAACAAGUGCACUUGUCAUAGAAAAACUUGUCAAAGUUGCGCGUACAGACGAGCAAAUAAAACUUGUCACAUAAAAACUUGUCAUAGAAAACUUGCUCGUCUGUAACCGGCUUAAUAAAAAGAAACUUAAAUUUAUAAAUACUGAAUUUUAUUCGGGGUUAUACCAAUCAACGGCCAAUUUUGGAAAGUCUGAAAAAAUCACUCUAUCCGGCUGAUAGCGCUUUUCGUCCUUCGUACAACCGCCCGCUGGGCGGUAACAGUAGAAGAAAAAUGAAAUUCCAUGCCAAUUGCCCAAGAUAAUUCUACUAAGAACAUUCCUCCAGUAGUGAGGAUGUGUCAAUUUCUAAAAGCGUCUGAAUGGCAGCUUUAUAACUCGUAACAAAAGCUAGAUACGGGCGAUACGAAAAAUCAAUCCAUUUUUUCAACAGAAAUUGAUUUGGUUACAUCAUUCAUUCAACAUAUUACCAUUUAUAGGUGGACGUAUGCAACCCUGACGAUCGUAAAGUGAACUUCGGUGCCCUCCGUAUUGGCCAGUCAGCGGAACGUAUUGUGAAACUACGCAACAACAGUCCAGCGGCAAUCACAUUUUCAUUGGUCAUUACUCCAUCUUUGCCGAUUCUUCAACAGUCUUCUGUUCUUACUGUAUCUCCUUCGUCUGAAAUCACGUUAGAGCCGAAUGGAGGUUCAUGCAAUGUCCAUGUGAUGUUCACGCCCACUACACGAAUUCCACAGUUUACUGAAGAGGUAUUUCAUAAUUUAUAUUUUUUACUUGGAUCACGGACACAGUUUAUUUUGUGAUCCCAAAACCAUUUAUUUUGUAUAAAAAAUAUAUUUUUGAUAAAAACUAAUGCCGAAAGAGCGAAGAUAAAAACAUAACAGAAUAAAUUUUUUUUCAAAAAUUUAAAAGCAAAAACUCUUUGUAGUCUUUAUGAAAGUAAAGUCAACAAGCACUUGUAUUGUCUGAAAAAUCUUAGAUGUGUAAAAAUUUCAAGAUUUACAGCAAUGUUCGAAGUACUGAUUUAAAAAAUGAACAGCGGUGUUUUCUUAGGUUUAAGCCAAGUUGUGUGCAUAGCCAAACUGUUAAAAUAUUACCAUGCUGAAGAGCCUGUAAAUGCAUGCACUAGUUGUUUAUAUAAAGCCUAUAAAAUGCAACCUACUUCAUAUAUUUUAGAAAUUGAUGGUUCUUCAGUUAGAAGUCUUAAACAUUGUUUUUUUUUCGUUUUGUACAAAAAAAUUUAAAAAAAAACAAUGAUCGUGUUGCCAUGGCACACAUGACGCGAGCAACACGAGCCUGUGUUCAGUGUUGGCGUAAUUCGGAAUACUUCAGGUUGAAACCAGAGGGUUGAAACAGUGUUUGGAACAUAAAGGCGAGGGGUGGCUGCAUGCAUGUAUGUAGUAUUUAAAACACGAGGCGCAGCCGAGCGUUUUAGAUAUGAUAAAACGUGAGUUCGAGUGUUUUGAAUAGCUUAAAAUACGAUUACAAAAGAAUACUAAUUAGGAUGAACAAUUAUAUAAUACUAAUUAGGAUGAACAAUUAUAUAAAGAAUACUAAUGAAGAUGAGUUUUAUCAGAUAUAAGGUCACUCCACGUGACAUAUUAUGGCUGACAUGAUUUGCCACAAGGUUUAUGAAUUUUUAAUGAGUAUUUUAAUUCUAGUAAAAAUCUAGUAAUCUCGUUUUUGUUCCAGGUGAUGUUAGAAUGUGCAGGACUGUGUCAAACAGUGUUCCUUGUCUCUGGUACGUGCCAGGCAGUUGACAUCAAGCUAGACAGUACCUCAGUUCCAUUUGGUGCAGUAGUUAUAGGAAGUCAAAGUUCCCGUGUCCUGGUCAUGCAGAAUCUUGGAGAUAUUGGUGCGAGGUUUUCAUGGAACAUGAAUGAAUUCAGUUCUGAUUUCUCAGUCGAACCAAUCAAGGGGUAUUCUUCCCCGGGAACUGAGGUCUCAUUUGAAUUGAAGUUCUGCCCGCAGAAAGUUAACCAAGAUAUCAGGAAUGAGGUAAGGCUGUUCUUUUUUAUUGGAGAAUUUAAUAGCUGGCCAUUCAUCGCUGACGAAUUUCUAGGCGCAGGAGAUAAAUAAUUGUGUCGCACUCCCCAAUUCCGACACCAUUCUCCUGUAAUAUUUCAAUUCCAGGCAGCAGUUUGAAUUGUAGGCUUUUUCGCUGACAACUCGGUAGAAAACAGCAAAAUUAUGCUACGAUCCCUUGUUACCUCCAUCUUUCUGUAUAAAUUGACCCUAGAAGUUCCUAUCACGCAAUUUUCAAUCCAUCUAAACAUUGGGUAUACCCAAUGCAAUGUGGGAUACAUGUGGGUCAAACAUGCUUUGUUUGACAGUGGCGUGACGUAAGGACUUCUGAUGUCAAUUAGUUUGUCCAUGCUGCCUUGGCCACCGAGUUUCCUGCGGAGGAGGCUAUUUAGGGACCGGUCAUUAUUUAUGGCGGGGGGUGGCACCGAAGAGAAAAGGGUUGGGCAAACAAAAUUUUGAGUAAGUAAAAGGUUGGGUAAAUAAAAAACGAAACGACUCAAAGGUUGGGUAAUAAAAAAUUAUUUUCAUUUCCAAAGCAUAACUCACUCAAAUAUUGAAGACUGAAAACUUCAAUGUCAACAGUCAUAUGUCAAUACAAUAUGUGAAUCAGUCACUAUCUUGAUGAUUUUCCGAUUUGUUGGGAGACAAAUGCUGUCUCCAAAGAAAGUAAAUGUGCAGACAACAUGAAACUUUAGACUGCAGAAAAGUCAGUAAAUUUCACAAGCCGAACGUUAUCCGGCAAACUCGUAUCACAGAAGUGGUAAAGGACAUGUGUGACAACUGAAUGACAUCCUUUUGUAACGUUUUUGGCCAGGGGUGGGUAUUUAUUUUUAAAAUGAUAUUUGAGGUUGGGUAAUCAAAUUUUUGAUUUUUUAAUGGUUGGGUCAGCAAAAUUUUUGGCACGAAAAACAUUUCUCUUUGGUGCCACCCCCCACCAUAAAUAAUGACCCGUCCCUUACUAAAAACUGUUGUGUUUUAUAAAUUACCAAAUAAAAUCUCUUGUUCAAUUUCACUAAAGGGUGGAAAACCUGAUACGUUUGGAGCAAUUUGAAAUUUACUAGUUUACUUAAAUGUUGUCUAGUUGAGUUGUAUGAUUGAAGGAAGCAAUCCAUUGAAAUUGGUGCUAACUGGAAGUUGUGUUUUCCAAACUCCUGUGAAAGAGGUAUGGUAUACUGACAAUACCUGCACGCACGUCGUGUUUUUGCACAGAGUACUGAGGUUAUAGUUAAGCAUUUCUAUUAGAUGGUUGGGCAAAAAGAACAUAGCGGGGUAUCUACGUUAAGGAUGUAACUACCUAUAUAGAAAAAACAUUCAUUGGCAUUUCGAAAAAAAAGUCGCGGGACGAAGAACGGCCAUAUACAUGUUCUCCGAAGAACGGCCAUAUGAUUAUCACAGUUUGUCAAGUUGUGAUGGCCUGGAAGCCCGGCAAACUUCAAAGCCACAAAGUGGAAAACCUUUGUCUGAUGUUGAACUGUAACUUGCCUUAAGGUACGUUUACACGCUGCGAUUUGUCGGGCCGAUUUUGCUCGCUGUAUGUAAAUAACCUGUCGUGAGUACUCGCGUCAGCACCUUGCGAUUCACAAAAUCGGGAGAAAAAUCUGUUACAAAGCACAGAUUUUUCUCACGAUUCAACGAUUUCUCUUCCGUUGUAAAGUUGUUGAAAACUUUUCGCACGCAGAAAACUAUAAUAUGAACAGACGAGAGAGCGGACAGCUUCAAUUGAACGUUUAAAUCGCUAAAUGUCGAAGAAGGGGCAUCGAUAAUUUACCAAAAUCGGCCCGACAAAUCGCAGCGUGUAAACGUAGCUUUACACAAAUCCUUUGUCUCAAUUUCAUUAAAUAUUAUUCAUUGUGGUUGCACGUUUCAUCUCAGCUAUCCCUAUUGGACGGUUACUUCAUUAUACGAAAAUACAAUGAGCUCAAUCACCGUGACCGUGCACAAAUUAACAGAAUCUCAGACAAUGACUUAUGAAUGACUUAACAAUGACUUAUGUUUAGUUUCCAGAUCAUCAUACCUUGAUAGACUAUGUAUGUCAGGAUAGUUCUACCAUCCUGUCAACUUUCCCUGUGGGAGGAAACCGGAACGCCCGAUUAAAUAUCUAUACGACUUUCGGCAGAGCCUUGACAGAUUCUUUUCACAUGAGUCCGUAGCGAGGAUCGAACCCAAAGCUCCUAAAAUUUGCGAUGCAACAUCACAGCAUUUAUUUUUUCUCAGGUUAUUCACUUUUCAACGCACGUUCGUACGCGUGAAACUCGUAGUAUUGUGUUGAACAACCGUAGUAACCUCCUGUGGCAAUUAUGUCCGAAAAUCGACGGCGCGUAUUGGUCAGGUGCUGAUCUCAUUACUGUGGAACCAUUGCAAAGUAAAAAUUACGAGUUGAUAUACAGGCCAUUGGUGAUGACACACGAGGGGAAAAGACACCAGGUACUCGAAUAGGAGAACUUUGAAUGAAAUGAUUGGUAUAAUAAGGAAAUUGGCAGGCAACCCCCUUUUCUGUAGGUAAGGAAGGUUGCGCCCACUAUAAAAUCAUUUUGGUUAAAAUUUCCUUAAAUACCAGAAAUAGCAUGCACUAUUUGGGUUAUUGAACUUAAUAUUCCUGGUUAAAUUUGCAAGGCGGAAACUUGAAAUGUUUGUAUAUUAAUAUUUUUUGGACAAAAUAAGUGCUUGUUCACCUUGUUGACUUUACUUCUAUAAAGAGUUUUUGCUUUUAAAUCAGUUUUGUUAAAAAAAUUAUAUUCUGAUUUCUGUUCAUGUCUUCUGUUCUUCGCUUUUUCGGCAUUAUUUUUUUCAAAAAUAUAUUUUUAACCAGUUUAAAGGCAUGUUUACAUGGAGGUAGUGUGAGCCUAGCAGAAUGGUUACCCUAGUAACCGCGAAACCCUAGUCUCUUGUGUUUGCGCGUUCCGUUUACAUGCGCGCUAUAGGGUUACCUAUAGGGGUAGGGUUACCCUCAUGUCAAAUAGAUAGGAUGACCCUGCAGAAGGGCUAUGUUUUUUGUUUACAUAAGCCAAGUAAACGCCAGAUAGGAUCACCCUACCAAGCGGGCCAUGUCGUACCAGCUCUGAGUAUCAACACGUGUAUAUAUUUUAAGCCAUAUCAUGAAAAUAUAAGAGGACGGAUACUCACUCGCAUAAAUAAAAGUUCUGCCACCAGAGUAUGAAUGGUGUCAGUGAAGAGAUUUUGGGGACGAAGCGGGAAAGGCUCGCAGUCGGCCGAAAUCCUAGCAAAGCUAUUUUGCGCUAUAUAAAACAAUAUAGCGCCCUGCUAAUGUGCUGUAGUGUGCGUAGUGUGCUGUAUGCAUAUAAAUGUAGCGGAGUGCCAUUUAAAAUAACUGCAUGAGAUGUAAACGCGCUGUAAAAGAAAUGCUGCGUAGUGCCAUAAGAUUAGCGUAUAGUGCGCUAUAUAAUUUAAGAAUAAAGCGCACUUAGCUCAUUGCUACAAAUAAAAGUUAUAGCGUUCAUGUGCUGUAUUUAGGAAUGUAACGGAAUAACACGGCAUUCAAUGCAUGUGAAUUAUACGAAUUUGAGCCUUUAAGCAAUCACUGGUAGUAUGCCGACCUUGUAAUUCUGCAAAAUCUUUUAUGACGCCGCAAAAUUCUAAAACGUAUAACAAGCACUGGUGACCUUACCUCAUGUAAACAUUGAUCGUUAUUUUUGACCCUCUUGGUAUGUUACCCCUAGUGGUAGGGUCAUCAUACUUCCAUGUAAAUAGGUGUUUGCUAACAUGUAAACAGUUGCUGGGUGUAUUUUCAUUGUGCUUUUAUAACCGUUAAUUUUUCCCGUAUUUUUUCCGCCGCCAUAUAUCCUGCUAGUAGAGAGCCAAUCAGAUUAUAUCCGGUAUAGGUGUCUAUAUAAUAAUAUUUCAUAUCUACCUAUGGUUAAAUUUACUAUAGUCGGGAAAGAGUGAAAAUGACAACGAAAUGUUAGCCAGGAAAAUUAAGUUAACCCAAACAUAGGGUUAUUUAACCAUAAUGAUUUUAGAGUGCAUGCACCCUCUGUACCCUCCAUGCAGUAAAUCCAUCCAUAAUAUGUUACCGCGCAAAAAUGAUAAUAUUCAAUUAUUAAUUUAGUUCUUCUCGUAUAAGUUCCACAUGUUAUUAUACCAUUGCUAUUUCUUUCAACAGGGUUCCGUAUUCUUUCCCCUGCCCGAUGGCAAUGGUUUGCUGUACAACGUGACCGGAAUUUCUGAAUCGCCUAAAGCUGUCAGUAAUAUUGUCCGGGAUAUACCAUGUAAAACCAACUAUACUGAAUUAUUGACUGUUAACAAUUGGUUGAAAAAACCUCAAAGGUAUAUUUGUAUUUGUUACAUUUACCAGUAUAUGCAACAAUAGACCUCUAUUGCCCUAUUUGAGUCAAUUUGCAAUUUGAAAUUAGCACUCUGUAAAUUCCAGAAAUGAAAAGACUGGUCAAAAUUAGAUAGACUAUAUUUUAAAAAGUGGCACUAGCGUCGUUUUUAGAAACAGAAAAUUGGAUAGAAAAUGUAUGGAAUUUUGCAGUAAACGAGCAUGCGUGCUCUUCAAACCUCGAUUCAUGGCACGUCGGCUCCAAACUUUUUGGACUUACUAACUUUGAUCUUUCCAUUUGUGGUAGUUACAGAGUCUGAACAUCGAAUUUUACAUCGAUUCAAAAAACGUGAUGAUAAAGGUCUAUGAUACUACAGUUUGCAAUCAACUAUGAACUUGGGCUAUGAUAACGCUUCGAGAUGGCAAAGGAUUGUAUGUUCAUAGAGUCAGAUAGAAAUUUUUGCUUUCCUCUUUUGCUCUACAUUUGCAUCGCAUUCAAGCUGCUAGGUCAGACAUAUUUUGUCGUGCUGAUAUGACGAUAAUACCCAAGUAUGGAAAUUGGAUUUCCACACUAUCUAGUAAAUAUUUUUUUUAAAAAUUUUCAGUGAGUGCUAUUUUCAUACUCCGUAUACAUGGUAUAGUAACAUCUAUAUCUGUAUAUUAUGGCAGGUUUUUUAAUACCUCAUUUAGUAUUGAGGAACUUACAUAUCGGUGUGACACACACGAUAUUUCACAAGCUUAAACACCUCCUACACAGCAGAUUACUAGUUUCAUAUUAUUCUUGCACUGCCGAGUGCAACGUCACUAGUUUAUGGAACUAAGUUUAUGGAAAAAUACGGAACUAGUUUUUCAUAUAUCGGAAGAUGGUUCUGAAAUAGAAUUCCAUAUCUCUGAGGAUGUUUGUGAAAUAAAUCAGAUUAAACAAACUAAUGACUUUAAGCAUGUUUUCUUUCAGAUUCCGCGUAAUUACUGAGAUGAUAAAACCGGACAAACUAGAUGGUUCUACCGUAUUGAAAGGUCUUCAGUAUAUCGAUGUUCCUGGACAGAUGAAGAAGGAUUAUAAAAUAGAUUUCUAUGCCCACAAGGAAGGGACGUUCAGUGCUAAGGUUUGUUCAUUUUGGUAAAAUAGGACAUUCUAACACUGGAAUUUUUUUCAAAAUCCUUACUAUGGAAGUAGUAUGGAUCUUAGUUGAAAAUAGUAUGGAAAUCUAAUUUUAGUACUAAUUGUAAUUUCCAUACUGUGGAUAUAGUAUGGAAAUAUUAUGAAUAUAAUAUGGAUUUAGUGAUGCAAUCGCAAAUUCCAUUGUACGAAUUUCCAGCGUAAUAAGCCAAUUUUGGGUUUCAACUGCUCAUCCAAUAUAGUAAUGAAUGACUGGAUUACUUGGAGAACAGACAGUGGGAUUCUCAAACCAAUAAAACCAGUGGUGGAUCCAGCAAAGUUUUUUUGUUUUUUUUGGGGGGGGGUUGCUAACCAAUGGCGAAACGAGCGCCGAAGGCGCGAGGUUUGUAGGGUGGUCCGGGGGUAUACUCCCCCGGAAAAUUUUUAAAAUUUGGGUCUCUGAAAUGGCAUUUCCAGCAUUCUGAGAAAACACUCUGGAAAAUUUUUAGAUUCUGAAAACAUUUAAAAAUUCAGAAUAUUUAAUAUUGGCUAUUCCGCUAGUGUCAACUGGUGAUACGCAACUGAAUUCCUUAACAUAAGUUGGUUAGAGUUAGGAUAAACGUCAUUUUUGCACCCCCCCCCCCAUGCACCCCCCUGUUGACCAGAUCCCCUAAAUCCACCACUGAAUAAAACAGACCAUGGGAAAUUUAAUCUUCAUCGCAGAUGGCCUUAUGGCUCCAACCUGUUAAAAUAGUAUAAAGCUUGAGUAAGUGAUGUUAUAAAGCAUCAAGAUGGCCAUAACUACAUGUAACCUUCUGGACAAUAUUCAGUAUACCGCGCAAUUUUGUCUGCCAAUAAAUUUCGUAAACAUUCGAACUUUCGACACCACACCUAAUUUUAGUGUACAGUGACAACCAAUUUGCGCAAUGAUAAUGCGAAUGUGUGCAGUGAUAUAAACAGUGAAAAUGUGCAGUGACAACAUUUUGCUGUGAUCAAUUUUUGUUUUUUAAAAUAAUGUAUUUUAAAAUAUGCUAUUCCAAGAAUUGCAUGCGAUAUAAAAGCAAUCAAAAUAAUGCACCGUUUUGUAUAAUUAGUGGAAGACAUUUCUAAUUGUCUGAACUUUGUGAAAAGAAAGCCUGAUUUGGUUUAAAAAGUCUUGCAUUGAUUGCGGUUUCUGAAUAGCAUUUACUCUAUGGGCGCUUUCCAUUUAAUGACCUGACCGGUCAGCCACGAAUUUUUGUCUCCAAAGAUCUGGUCUAUGUUUCUCAAAUAUCUAGCGAAAAUGGACCUCAUUCUAAUUUUAUCUAAAUUUUCCGGUCAUAUAGGCCCAAGCCCAAACGUUUUGUGUUCCAUUCAACAAUUUGACCGUUCUGGCCGUGUUAAUGGAAAGCACCCUAUGAGUCACUCCAUGCAAAAUAAUUGUCUCCUGAAACAAUGAAGAAUAUAAUGCGGUGCAGCUGGCUUUGCGAAGGCGUCCUUUUUUUUACCAUGUUUUGACGAUUUCUUGUUCUUUCAUUUUAGAUUAUCUUCAAAAACGAGCAGACAUCAGAAUAUUUAUUCUAUUACGUGACAUUUAAAGCUACUCCACCUGGUAUAAUAUCAACUAUCGAUCUUACUACACCAGUGCGUCAGUCUGCAUCUCACGUCAUCAGUUUGUAUAAUCCAUUAACUGUGCAAGUCAACUUCUCGACUGCUUCGACGUUAUCAGACAUUCUGCUUCCACCAAAUUUCACUGUGCCACCACAAUCGGAGGUAAGAGGUUUCCUGAUAUUGGGGUUCAGAUAUUCAAUUCCCCAAAAUACGAGGGGGAGGUGAGAGCUCUAAAACUUUCAACUGCCUUUUUUGUUUGACAUUUAGUAAAUUAAAAACAACGAAACAAAACAAAAACAAAUGAUUACUUGAGUAUGCAAAUCCUAUGAAAAUCGUUUCGAUGAUGAUUCAUACCAUAUUAUUUGAGCUAGGAUUAGUUAGGCACUGUUCAGCCAGCAAGAAAGGCAGUUUUGGACAGCCCAUAUUCUUGUAAUCUUCAGUUGCCAUGUUGGAGAAACAUUAACAAAAGAAUGUUAUUAGCAGCUGUUGUAUUUGGAACGUGUUUUCCUCUCACAUCGCCGCUAUAUCUUUGUUUUAUAAAUCCCAAGGGGUUUUGUUUAGUUUUCUUUAUUCCUCAUAUAUUAUAUCUUCUUGUUUUUGUAGGGAUCUUUUACAUUCGACUACCUUCCACUAAAAUCUGGUGAGGUAACAGGUCGUCUGACAUUAUCCAGUUCCGAACUCGGAUUUUAUCAAUAUGACCUGAACUUGACAGUAACACCAGCUGGUCCUGAAAAUCAAGUACAUUUCCGAACUUAUCUUGGUUCAACACAGAAUCAAACAUGUCGUUUUAUCAACUUCUGCAAAUCCCGUGUUGAAUACAUUUGUAAGGUAAGGGAUAGCCUUGUGAUUGAACUCAAGGUGAAAGAGAAACAUAUUUGUUCACAAGACAUGUGGACUUGACUUUCACGUGCGCUUGCCAUGCUAAAACAGACAAACAUGGAAACGAGGCCAUUGGGGAAAAAGUGCAAAUAAACAGGAAAGUCUAUUUAUUCAAUAUUCGUAUGUUUUUUAAACAACAUACAAUAGCUCAGUCAACGAAAACAUCCUCGUCAUCGAUAACUAAAGGCGACUAUGAAUUAUAUCCCGUUGAGCAUUCUAAUCCGCCAUAGUUGUUGAAACUGUUGUCUGUAGAAAUUCUGAGACGUAAAAUCUUCAUGUUUAUUUUCCCAGGUUGACAACCCUGACUUCCAUGUCGAACGUUCGAUCACAGCAGCUUCAGCCUCAAGUGGAGGUACUGAAGUUAACGUCGAGGUGAUAUAUGAACCUAGUUGCCUUGGCAACUCCCGCGCUACAUUACUGCUGACGUCACCAAUGGGUGGAGAUUACACCUUCCCUUUGUACGGUUAUGCCGCCCCACCUAAACCACAAGGACCAUACACGAUCAAGGCUGGUGCAAGUGCUUCGAUACCUUUCAAAAACGUGUUCCCCCAGGCUACACAGUUCACGUUUCAUGUUGAUAACCCCGUGUUCAGUGUCAAACCAACGGAGACAAUACGAGCGAAGAAAGUACACAAUGUUGUCGUGACUUUUGAUGGUAACCAAGGCAACGCAAAGACAACACGUAUGGGACGGUUGGUUGUUGCUUCUGCUUCGAGUGCUAGUCUCACCCACAACAUUGAGUGGGUUUAUUAUCUUAAGGGCGUUACCCCAUAAAUUCUCUUCUGCUUUAAAUAGACAACCUUGUUUGUACAUGUUUACACCCCUGUAUAUUUCUGUAUAUUUUGGUAAUUUUAUUGCCUGCAGUUAUAGAUAUAAUAACACUUUUUAUGUGUGCUUUAAAUAUGACAUUACAUUUACAAUAAACUUUUUACCAUAAUAUUUAGUGCAUUCGUGGGGUUUUUUUCUUAAAAUGUACCAAUGACACCUUACUCGUAUUUAAUGGGUGAUGAUCAUGUGCAAGGGCUGAUCCAGGGUUUUUGAUGACUGGUUUACUAGGUGAAAAGGUUCACCCAAAUAAUAGGGUGGUCCCCCCCCCGGAAAAAAAUUAAAAUUUGAGGCUCUGAAACAGCAUUUCCUGCGUUCUGGCGUCGCUUUUUAAAUAAAUUUAAUGAUUAGAAAAUG